AUGAGACUCUUCUCCCUUGUCCUUGCUGCAUCAUUCGGGGCAGUGAAUGCUCUAAUCCCUCGACCUACUGCCCCCUUGUCUUCCGUGAGCCAAGCUGCAUGGGAAGCAUUCAAUGAGACGGUCGGCGGACGCCUGUAUAACGGCGAGCCUGUGUUAGCCCCCUGUUAUCCCAACUACAAUGGAGAGCCUCAAAGAUCGGAUGCAGAGGAAUGCACUGUGCUGCAGAGCAGCAGGAACAACGGCAGCUUCACGUCUGACAAUUUUGGUGCAUAUCGAGAGUCCAACUGGGCCGCAUGCCAGACUACUGGUGAAGGGUGCACAUUUGACGUCAGAUUGUCAAGUCCUGAGCCUUCGGAACAAGUGUGCUAUCAGGGCAGCGUAUCGCCAAAAUACGUUGAUGCCCGCAGUGUCGAGGAUAUCCAAGCGACCCUUGAGUUCGCGAAGGCACAUCAUCUGCGCCUGGUAAUCAAAAACACUGGGCAUGACUAUAGCGGCCACAGCUCUGGCGUAGGGUCAUUGGGCUUAUGGACACAUCAUAUCCGUCCUUCAAUUGAACUCGAGACGGACUUCAUCCCCGACGCUUGCACGGAAGCCGCUGGAGACGCAAUCACUUUCGGUGCUGGGCAACAGUUCGCGGGGGUCUACGAAUUCGCCCAUCAGCAUAACUAUCGCGUAGUGGGAGGCUCCUCGCAGACUGUUGGUGUGGCUGGCGGUUGGAUCGCUGGCGGCGGACACAGCAUGCUUUCGAACGAGCUUGGACUGGGUGCGGACAACACUCUACAGCUGAAAGUCGUCCUUCCCAAUGGCACAUAUGUUACGGCAAACCGAUGUCAGAAUCAGGAUAUCUUUUUUGCCCUCCGCGGUGGCGGAGGUGGCACAUUUGGGGUGGUCACUGAAAUGAGCAUGCUUGUCCACCCUGAGAAGCCUACAAUCCUAGCCUUGAUCACCUUUCCUAACAUUAGCUCCGCUAAUGCUUUGGAAUUUCUUUCCAUCACCGUCGCAAAUGCCAACAAAUGGGCUUCUGAAGGCUGGGGAGGAUACAUUCAGCUUGGCCCACUGGGAAUGGGUGUCUCGACCUUCUUCAUGUCUACCUCGCUGCUUGAUCAGUCCGCUGCUGAGGACUCCAUGAAGCCAGUGACCGACUUCGCAACCAGUCUUGGUUCACUUGCGUCGGCGAGUGUCACUCGCUUUGAUACGUACUAUGAAGUCAUACAGGCCCUCAUUGGACCUGAGGAAUCGUCGGGCUUGAGUGGAGGCGGCCCAAUGGCCAUAUCCUCCCGAAUCGUACCGCAGGAGUCUUUUGAAGGAACGGCCAACCAGGAGAAAUUAACGUCAAUCCUCAAUGGCAUCCUUCUUGCCUCUCAGAGCGACGACCACAACGCAAGUGUAGUGCCCUCUGCGCCUCUUUUCAUAUGUGUCACUGCACCCACAAUCUACUCCCAGAAUCUUCCCGAGUCAGACCAACCUGGCGGACCAGGGGCAUCUUCCGUGACCCCUGCCUGGCGCAAUGGACUGUGGCAUUCCAUCUAUAUACGACAGUUUGCCGAUAGCCUCAUCAGUGACCCUGAUGCAGUGCGCGAUAUUUUCCAGGAGGUGCAUGACAGGAUGGACCCGCUGCGAGAGUUUACACCGCAUGCAGGGGCAUACUUGAAUGAAGCCGAUUCUUUUGAGACGGACCCUAUAGCUUCAUUUUGGGGAGAAGAAAACUAUGCCCGUUUGCUGGAGAUCAAGGAAGAGGUUGAUCCCACGAAUCUUCUAUCGGUGCAUCAGGGAGUGGGCUGGGAGAGCGACGAUGAGAGGUUCAGGUGCUAUCCGGAGGUUGACAUUGAGUGA